UCCAGUGACAUCACCUCAUUUCCAGAGACUAAUACUAUUACACUGCCCAUUUGGGGCUUACUUUAGCCAUUUUAUCCAUUACUUUUGGAUCCUUUAUUUGCACAUUGUCUUAUUAGCUGGUGGUGCGAUGGAGGCAACCGCAAAGCAUGAUUUUUCAGCCACUGCUGAUGAUGAGCUCAGUUUUAGGAGAGGGCAAAUAUUAAAGGUUCUCAACAUGGAGGAUGACAUGAACUGGUACAGAGCUGAACUUGACUCAAAAGAAGGCCUAAUUCCCAGCAACUAUAUAGAAAUGCGCAAACACGACUGGUACUAUGGAAGGAUCACCAGGGCAGACGCUGAGAAGCUACUAAUGAACAAACAUGAAGGAGCUUUCUUAAUCAGAGUUAGCGAGAGCAGUCCGGGCGAUUUUUCACUAUCUGUCAAGUGCGGAGAUGGAGUGCAGCAUUUCAAAGUACUGCGUGACCCCCAAAGCAAAUUCUUCCUAUGGGUAGUGAAGUUCAAUUCCCUUAAUGAGCUCGUUGAGUAUCACCGGUCUGCCUCAGUGUCACGUUCACAAGACAUCAAGCUGAGAGACAUGACCCCUGAGGAGUUCCUGGUGCAAGCGCUGUACGACUUCACACCUCAGGAGUUCGGCGAGCUCGAGUUCCGUCGCGGUGACGUCAUCACCGUAACUGAUCGCUCUGACCAGCACUGGUGGACGGGCGAGGUGGGCAACAAGCGGGGCCUCUUCCCGGCCACCUACGUGGCGCCUUACCACGCCUAAACCCUCUCCUCUAUCUGGCUCUCUUAUCUGUUAUCUCUUCUUCCUGGCCACCUACGUGGCGCCUUACCACGCCUAAACCCUCUCCUCUAUCUGGCUCUCUUAUCUGUUAUCUCUUCUUCCUGGCCACCUACGUGGCGCCUUA